UAUUAUCUGCCGAUCAGUGGAAUGGAGUGGCAAUGAUCCGCUGAAAUUGAUCUCAAAGACCCUUUUUCUUGGACUAGGACGUUGUGCUGCGAUAAGGCUUUCCGAUCCUGAUUCGGCAACAAGAGCUCAUCGUCAACGUCAUCCAGUGCCGAGAUGAUUCUUACCUACUUCGGACAUCAAGUAUUCGACGAGAGGUAGCAUCACCACCUACGACCAACACUGCUACCAGUACUACUCCUUCUAAAUCAGUUCCCCCAUACAUACCGCCAAGAGAAAGCUCGACUAUUAUAUGGCCUUUGAGCUCAUCUGAUCGACGCUGCCGCUAUCGCUGACAACGACGACCACCCUGACAACUCCGAGUUCCGAAGGUCUAAAGCUUUGAAGUUCGGAAAUCCAUGGUUCCCAAAUGGUUCGAGUCUCUUCCACCCAUGGACGGGGUCUCGCAUAGACUUGACGUCUGGCCCUACCUAUCGAGUUGAACAACCACCUGGCCACAACUGGCCCCACCCACCCCUAGCCCUAAUUGAGGUAGUCCUGUCAAAAGUUGAGCUAACUGGACCUGGUUUGACUCAAUAUCAAGAUGGCCUUGUCCCGAGUGCUUCAUUGGGGCCCCAUGGCCGCUCUAGUGAUCAUCUUCUGGGUGUCAUUGGCCACAGUGGCAUGUAAUAGCAUGUAUUGGCCGUCCCAUAGUUCUUGGGGCGGUCUAGUCAACUUAACUGCUUUUCUCAUGAUAUCAAGUUCCACCUUGUACCAUUUUAUGUCAGCUUUACUUGUUGGUCCGGGUCAUGUCCCCAAAGGCUGGGAGCCUCAGGAAGAGUCGGACAAGGAAAUGCUGCAAUUUUGUCACACGUGCGUAGCGUAUAAGGCUCCUCGUUCUCACCAUUGUAGAAAAUGCGGAAAGUGCAUCCAAAAAAUGGAUCACCAUUGCCCUUGGAUCAAUAAUUGCGUCGGUCACCAAAACCAUGGCUUUUUCGUUGGGUUUCUUUUAUCUGCCGUUCUUGGAUGUGCCCACGCCUCUUGGAUAUUAUCUAUGUCUAUUUACUAUGGGCUUCACCGCUCAUGGUUUGCCCAUCACGGGCUUGGGCACGAACCCAAGGUAGUAUUGACUCUUUUCACCCUAAUUGUUUUUAUUUUUGCCUUGGGAAUGGCAAUUGGUGUGGUUUUGGCUGUGGGAGCUCUUCUGUUCUUCCAAAUCCGAUCUAUUGUGCGCAAUCAAACUGGCAUUGAAGAUUGGAUCAUGGAAAAAGCUGCUUACCGGCUUCGCGGUACCUCGAAAACCUUGCUCAAUCCCUACGACUUAGGCUUAAGCAACAACUUUGGGCUGGUAUUAAAUCUUAGCUGUCGCCCAAAAUGUGACGGGAUUGAUUGGCCAUUGAGGGACGGAGCGCAUAAAUUCGACCUAACUCACGAGCAAAUUCUUCAGAAGAGAGACAAACGGUUACGCACUCGGGAAUAUCGUAUAAGGUUGUCCUAUUCAGGCUCGUGGUGCCCGUUUUGGUCCAUGGGAUUUCGCGUGGCUUGUCAACCACCAUGUGCAGAUGAGCCAAGAAUUCCGUUAGAUAUCGGUGAUGUGGUUUUUGUGACCCGAUGGAAAAAACAUUGGCUGUACGGUGAUAAAGCUCAACAAAGUCUUACCACAAACGUUAGAAUACGUGGUUGGUUUCCAAGAAAGUGUGCCAU